AGCGCUGAUCCGUGCUCUUUGGUCCUUGGCCAAGAAAUACGGAGUUCGGAAGGGGAAUCGUGGUCGACUGGACAAGCAAUUCACUGCCAUUGCGCAGGUGGCGACUCACAAUACGGCGUGAGAGUCGAAGCUGGUCAAGCUCGAGACAGAGACCGAGACUAUCUUCAGUCUCUUCGCGAUGCUGCCACCGCGCUUAGCAACGAAAACGCGUACCUCUGCCAGCAGAUCCAGGCGACUCAACCGUGUGAAGGUGUGGUUCGGGGACGAACAUGGCAUUCAGGGCAUUUUCAACAGUCAGUGAGACAGACUAUUGGAGCGGUCCUGGAGGCCCAGUCUAUCGGCAGGAGCAAGCACCCACUCCAAGCCACCCAGAAAUACCCAUAG